GCAUGGUAUAGCAUUGUCAUUCUGUUCUGUCACUGUCAAAGUCAAAGUAAUUUUUGGUUUAUAAUAGUGUUGAUAAAAAUAAACAAUCGAGUUUAUGUAUGAUCAUGAUUUAAAAUUAAAUUGAAAUGAAAAUUUUACUUGUACGUUCUAUUAAAACUCAGUGCCAUUGAUUGGAUUCCACCGUUUGUUAUUUGGUUAUGAAAUUCGAGUGGCUGUACCGCUCCAUGCUUGUGAUGCGUCGACAAUUCUUAAAGUUGCUAAGACUACGGAACCUCCUUACUAUAACCUUUUUGGUUAUCUUACUUUAUAUACUAAAGACUUUUUAUGGUAUAUACAAAAGUAACAGUGACCAAACGGAUUAUUUUAUUCCAAAGAGUUUAAAGAAAAUUGACUGGCACAAUUAUACACAAAUUGAAUAUGAGAGAAAACGUCAGGGAAUUGGUGAGCAGGGUUUACCAGCACGGCUACCUCAAACAUUGGCAUCACUGGAAGAACAAUUGUACUCUGUCAAUGGAUUCAAUGGAGCAUUGAGUGAUAAGAUUGCUUUAAAUCGGUCAUUACCAGAUAUCCGUCAUCCUGGUUGCAAAGAGCGCAAAUAUAUAGAGUCCUUGCCAACUGUGAGUGUUGUGGUGCCCUUUCAUAAUGAACACUGGAGUACAUUACUGCGUACAGCUUAUAGUGUUCUUAUCCGGUCUCCAGAGUUUCUCAUCAAGGAGGUUUUCUUAGUCGAUGAUGCAAGCACAAAGGAUUUUCUAAAGCAGAAGCUAGAAGACUACUUAUCUGAGCAUCUGCCCAAGGUUAAGGUGGUGAGGCUAGCAGUGAGAAGCGGGCUCAUAGCCGCGCGGCUGGCGGGCGCCGCGCAAGCCACUGCUGACGUCUUACUGUUCCUAGACUCACACACUGAGGCCACUCUCAACUGGCUACCACCAUUACUAGAGCCGAUAGCGUUGAACUACCGCACAGUGGUGUGUCCGUUUAUCGACGUGAUCGCGUACGAUACGUUCGAGUACCGCGCACAGGACGAGGGCGCGCGCGGCGCCUUCGACUGGGAACUCUUCUACAAGAGGCUGCCCGUGUUGCCGCGAGACCAGCGGAAUAUGCCGGAACCUUUCCAGAGUCCCGUGAUGGCGGGCGGGCUGUUCGCGAUAUCUCGCAAGUUCUUUUGGGAGCUGGGUGGGUACGACCCCGGCCUUGACAUCUGGGGCGGCGAGCAGUACGAGCUCAGCUUUAAGAUCUGGCAGUGCGGCGGACGCAUGGUGGACGCGCCGUGCUCUCGCGUCGGCCACAUCUACAGGAAGUUCGCGCCCUUCCCCAACCCCGGCCACGGGGACUUCGUCGGCAGAAAUUACAGGCGCGUGGCGGAGGUGUGGAUGGACGAGUACGCUCAGUACUUGUACAAGCGACGGCCGCACUACCUGCACAUUGAUACCGGCGACAUCUCCCAGCAGAGGAGGCUGCGGGAGAAGUUGCAGUGCAAGUCCUUCAGAUGGUUCAUGACGCAGAUAGCAUUCGAUUUAACAGCAAAGUAUCCUCCGAUUGAACCAGAGCCAUUUGCCGAAGGAAGGAUAAGGCCGGCCACACACGGGCAGCUGUGCGCGGACAUGCACCGCGGCGAGCAGGGCGAGGCCUUGCUGCUGACCGCCUGCGUGCGCGCACCCGACACUGAGCAGCACUUCCUGCUCUCCUGGCACAAGGACAUCAGAUCAAAAGACAGGAAUAUGUGCUGGGAUGUGCCGGACUCCAGACCGGAGCAGCCCAUCAUCGUGUACUCCUGUCACCUUGGCGGCGGCAACCAGCUGUGGAGGUAUCAUCCGACAACAAAACAAUUAAAACACGGCGGCAACGAGAACUGUUUGGAUUGGGAUAAGACGAGUCGCAAAGUGUUCAUCAACCGCUGCGAUACUGUGGAGUCCCAGCGGUGGGACAUCGACACUGUCAAUGAUGACGCCAUGGCCAAGUGGGACAAGACGGCGCUCCUUGUCACCGGACCUAUGGAAUAUUCUUGAACAAUGUAACCUCACAACUCCACUGUACUGAAAAUUGUCCAGUCCAGUCCAGUCCAGUCCCACAGUAAAAAUCCAUUAACCUGCCUAAAGAUAAACCGAAUCGUACGAAUACCGCUCGCCAGUUUCAGAACGAGACGAACUUAUGGCAAAUACUCACUGACAAUGGACUGGCUAUAAGACGUAUUGUUUUGUGCCUAUUUGGCACAAAACAAUACAUUUUUGCUAUUUUGGCGCUGAUGUGUUUUGUGUCGGUGGCGUGGAUUCGAACUAAUGACAUAUAAUAAACUGUCAAGUAACAUCAACUGGCGAGCUUAAAUCGGAACGAAGUCAAAGUUUGACAGCUUGGAUGAAAUCACUUUCCAAGCAAUAACCUAUCUACUUAUAGAGGUCAGUGGACUUAUGUCUAAAUAAACAUUGACUACGUCAGAUUUAACACGACAUUGUUUAUAACCUAAUCAUAUCUGUAAAACUCGGAUAUGUCCGAUGUUUUUAUGUUAUUUAAAACAAAUCAUGAUGUAUAUUUUUAGAGUUUUUAUAA